CGGGGUCCGCUGACGUCCAGCGGCGUCGAAGGGCUGGCGUUUGUCAACACCAAGUACGCGGACCCGUCCGGUGAGUUCCCGGACAUCCAGUUCCACUUCGCGCCCAGCUCCGUCAACUCGGACGGCGAUCAGAUUCGCAAGAUCACCGGGCUGCGGGACGCCGUAUACAACACCGUGUACAAGCCGCUCGUGAACGCUGAGACGUGGACGCUGCUGCCGCUGCUGCUGCGGCCUAAGAGCACCGGCUGGGUGAGGCUGAAGAGCAGGAACCCGCUAGUGUACCCGAUCAUUGAGCCCAACUAUUUCGCGCACCGCGAGGAUGUGCAGGUGCUGGUCGAGGGCAUCCGGAUCGCGUUCAACGUGUCCAACACGGCCGCAUUCCGCAAACACAACUCCAGGCCACUGCUCACGCCGAUGCCGGGCUGCAAAAAGUUUGAGUUGUUCAGCGACGAGUACUGGGAAUGCGCGCUCCGGCACUUCACCUUCACUAUUUACCAUCCGGCGGGCACGUGCAAGAUGGGCCCGGGCACCGACCCCGAUGCCGUGGUCGACCACCGCCUCAGGGUGCACGGGGUCCGCGGCCUUCGGGUAGUGGACGCCUCCAUCAUGCCCACCAUUAUCAGUGGCAACCCGAACGCGCCGGUCAUCAUGAUCGGCGAGAAGGGUGCGGACAUGAUCAAAGAAGAUUGGGUGUUGGAAGGCCUAUGACGUAGUGUCUGUCGUUCACUAUAUACACGUGUCCGACGUGGCCGCACUUUGACAACAACUGUUUUUUUUUUUCGAUUGUUAAUUAUUAUUUGCUCAAUUGUUUUUUAUUUUUAUUUCUUAUUUGACUAGAUCAAUCACUGAAUAUUUCUACGGUCAUAUCACACGAAUCGAUUACAUAGUUAUAAUUAUUUACGUAUAAUAAUAAUGCCUCGAAAAAUGAUUUUAAAAAUAAAGCACAUUUACGAUAAUAGCACAUUAUUAUCAAACCUAUUAUUACGUACUAUAUCCAGUAUUAAGUUUAAAUACUAUUUAUACUGUUUUAUUUUUUAAUCAUUUUAAAAUUCGAUUUCCGAUUAUUCCUAUUUAGCAUAAUUAUUCAUGUCAAAAAUAUAAUUUAUUAUCGUAGAGAGCUUGGGGAUCUACAUCAGUCAUACCUAGUGUGGCGUAAAAUAUUUUGAAUUUACAAUUUCAUUAAUCGUUAUAUAAUUAUUAUUGUUUAACUGUCUUUAAAAUUUGAAUACCUUAAAAUGUAAUGUUAUAUAUAUAUAUCUUAUUACAAUGAUAGUGUGACACAGCAUAUAGUGAGAUGAAAUGUAAAUUUGUUUUUAAUUACGAAUAUUAGUCGCUUAUCAAUUUUUA